AUGGCUAAGAUUUGCAACAGCCUAAUCCCCCUGGUUUUGGCUGUGCUGAUUGCCAACACAAAUGCUAGGCAACUAGUGAACAAAGCCGGGUCACUAGAGGAGGCCAAAUGGGGCCACUUCCAUAGGGGAUUUGGCGGUGGACUUGGCGGUGGUGGGGGACUUGGUGGUGGUGGGGGUCUUGGCGGAGGUGGCGGACUUGGUGGUGGUGGUGGUGCUGGACUUGGGGGUGGAUAUGGUGGUGGUGCUGGACUCGGUGGAGGUGCAGGACUUGGAGGAGGCGGUGGACUAGGAGGAGGUGGUGGCGGUGGAUUUGGAGGAGGUGCUGGUGGAGGGCUUGGUGGAGGAUACGGCGGAGGAGCUGGAGCGGGCGGAGGCUUCGGCGGUGGUGCUGGACUUGGAGGAGGCGGCGGUGGCGGUUUUGGUGGUGGAGGCGGUGGCGGUGGAGGGCUUGGUGGCGGAGCCGGGUUCGGUGGUGGUGCUGGCGCUGGUGGUGGGCUUGGUGGUGGCUUCCCAUAA